AUGGGGGGAAAGAACUUCAUGACGUCCAAAGAAAAGGACUACGUUGCCGAGUGCCUCAAAAGAAAUAUGAGAUACUUUCGAUCCGACAUCGACUAUGCAGUGCUUUUUCGAGAGGGGGAAGAGAAGAUUGAGGUGAAGUGUGAUGAUGGAGAGCCAAAGAGAAGUGUUAACCUGAUAUUUGGAAAGGAGAAUAAGAAGUCUUCAAGGAGGCCAAGGCCGUUCUGUGGGGUGGAAGUGGAGAACAUCAGGGAGCCGAUGCGGGAUAUGUUUCUGCUUGAGGAGCUGAUUGAUUUGUACACAGCCAGGAGAUAUUGCAAACUCUCCCCAGAGGAUCUCCGGGAGAAUAUCGAAAUGUUCCGGGAGAAACUUCUUUGUAAGUUUGACGUGUUUAUCUCUAUCGCAAAGUUUGUUAGUUUUCUCGGGGAGUAUUUUCCUUUUGCAGAGGAAGAGGAGAAGAAGGAGGUUGUAGUUUUGCUUCUAAGAACAUUCCAUCUAGUCAAGGAUGUUCCUUCGUUCUAUAAUUCUAUUGGGUCUUUAGCCGGGUGUAUGCCCCAGGUUUCCGAGGCUGAGUUGGAGGAGGGAUUUGUUUCUACAUUCCUUUUCUUUCCAAGCGGGUUGAUCCUGGCCACUCUACUGCUUAUCCAAAACGAGGCCUUGUGUGGUGUAUUUUAUGAGGCUAUUAUCAAGGAGUCUGGUUGGUCCUUUACAAAGAGCAAGCAUGGAUGGCAGUUUCUUUCUGUUAUGAUUUCGAUUGCAGAUGAAGAAAAACAAAAGUCUAUUGUGAGAAAAGCAAGACCUUACCUAUCGGAGGUAUCCAAGGAACCCGAGAGUGAUGAGGCAAAGGGUGCAAGAUUGUUUUUAGAAGCGAUAGGCAUCGACAUGGAAGACCUUAGAUGUUGGGGCGAAUGA